GACACCCUGCAAGGAAACGGAAUUGCACCUCAGGGCGCUGGCGGCAGCUCCCCGCCCGCCCUGCGCUGCGGCGCCGCCUGACCCCGCCGCUCCUCCUUCUUUGCUUUCCCCGGCCUCCAUUUUCCCCGGCCUCCAUUUUCCCGGCGGCACAGGGGCCCUGGCGGGGAGGCGCCGGCCCCCACCCCGGAUGCCCCGCACGCCCCGGGCCUCCCCCAGCGGAGCCCUGCACACAGCCCGCUGCGGCAGCGCCCCGAGCCCCGCCGCACAGCGCGGAGGCGGCGGCUUCUUACGGCCGCGCUCCGAUGCCCGGGCGGGGGAAGAUGGAGAGCGAGUCUUCCCCCCAACCAGUGCGGCGCGGCUCUUUACGGUCGGGCCUCGCAGCAACCAGCAGCGCACGGCAUCCCCACCGGCCCCUUUCCUCACCGACUUUAAGGCAGAGAGAAAACGCCCGAGCGGCCCGGAGCGAAGAGGUGCAGGAGCAGCAGGGGGAGGCAGCGGCGGCAGCGAAAGCUCUCCGAGCGGAACCAGCGCGAGAGGGGAGGGCCGCGCUGACGCCCCGCCCGGCACAGACCAACCCGCUCCGCUGGGCGGGACGGCAGCAGAAGGGCCAGGGAAGGGGGCCGAGCUUCCCCGAGGCCGCCGCCUGGUCCCGUCUGCUCUGCUGACCCAGCGGCACCUCCGCCAAGGACGCUCCCCCUUCCCCGCGGGCGGCGAUUCCCGAUUUCCCCCUCCGUGAAAAAACAUGGCUUUUAAAGGGGAGAAUACCAAUCAAUAUAUUCUUUCCUGUUCAUCAGAUUAUUUACCAAGAGCUGUAAAGU